AUGGGGGAGGAGGAGUGGGAGAUUGAUCUACUCGUGCUGAUCGUCGCCCUCAAAGCGUCAGGAUUACCGCCCGCUGACCCCUCGGGUGGCGAUGGGAGGGCUCAAGUUCAACUCGACGCCAGGUCGUUCCAGGUGGCCCUCGACGCAAAGUACUUCACAUCUAAGGAUAUUUCGGUGAAAGUGCUCGGGGACAUGGUCGAAAUUAGGAUGGAGCACGAGGCGACUGGAGCCUUUGGAGGUGUCAAACGGAGCGUCACCCGUUGCUACCGACUGCCGGAGAAGAUCGACCCGGCGACGAUCAAGAGCGAGCUGAACAAGGACGGCCAGCUGGUGAUCAAGGGCACCCGGAAGCCCUUC